AUGAGUUUUCGCAACCCGAAUCCAGUGAGCACAUCCAGUACCGAUUCAGAUCCUAUGAGUUUUGUCAUAAACAGCAAAAUCAUACUCACCGCCACAAUCAUAAUCUUAUUCAUUGUCCUUUUUAUGAUCUUUCUUCACCAUUACUCUCGCCGCUCCAAUCUCAAUCGUCAUGUCGGCGACCCUUCCACCACCGCCGUCGUCACCACUCACGGUGGCCUUAACCCUUCCGUCAUCAAAUCUCUUCCUGAAUUCACAUUCUCCGCAACCGCACAAACCGCUAUGGAAUGUGGGGUUUGCCUCUCGGAGCUCGAGGAUAAUGAAACAUGUCGGGUUUUGCCAAACUGCAGCCAUACGUUUCACAUUGAUUGUAUUGAUAUGUGGUUUCAUUCUCAUUCCACUUGUCCUCUCUGCCGAUCACUCGUGGAGCCUUUCGCCGGAGGAGUUAAAUCGAUGGCAGAGGAAGUUUCGGUCUCCCGUCGUCACAUUGCCAACCCUUCCACCACCGCCGUGGUCACCACUCACGGUGGCCUUAACCCUUCCGUCAUCAAAUCUCUUCCUGAAUUCACAUUCUCCGCAACCGCACAAACCUCUAUGGAAUGUGGGGUUUGCCUCUCGGAGCUCGAGGAUAACGAAACAUAUCAAGUUUUGCCAAACUGCAACCAUACGUUUCACAUUGACUGUAUUGAUAUGUGGUUUCAUUCUCAUUCCACUUGUCCUAUCUGCCGAUCACUCGUGGAGCCUUUCGCCGGAGGAGUUAAAUCGAUGGCAGAGAAACUUUCGGUCUCCCAGUGA